UGGGCGGAAGAAGCUCCCUUGAACGCGAUGCUCCUCUCAUGGAGUCAAAAGGCAUUUGAAAACCUGCUGCGAAAACCUAACAUUUUACCCUAUAAAUUCUCACAAACUACCCAAAAAUCUAUUGGAUAAGAGUCAAGCAAUGGAAAGUGGAAACCAAAAUCUCAUGAAUAUGUUGCUACAUGGGGGAAGUUCAGAGAAUGGUUCACAGCAGUCUUUAGAGGGAUUUGGUCAACAAUACAGUGCUCCUGUAUCUGGUCAUAGCGCAAGCAUGCAGCCUCCACUCACUUCCGCCAUGGGACAGCAAGGAUCACCAUAUCAGAUGAUGCCACAAAGUACAAUGAUGCAACAAGGCGACAUGAUGUCACCUCCUUAUUCACAAUCACAGACGUCAUAUAGUGAUAAUAACUACCAGGGUUAUCCAGGAUACACCCAGCAACGCAUGGGACAUCAACAGGCAACUUCACCCAUGUACUAUGGACAAAAUGGGAGCUUUUUGAGCAGUCUUGGCCAGUAUGGAACACCAGGUAGGAGUAUGGGCCAGUAUGCUUCAUCUUCAAGCUCUGUUGGAUAUGGACAUCAAAACUACUACUCAGAUGUUUACCAACCCAAAUCACCAGCAUCUCAUCAGCAAAUUCCAGGUGCUGGUUAUCCUCUACCAGGUCAAAUGGGAGUAGGUGGAAAUGGGUCAUCAUAUCCUACAGGGUACGGUGGACAAUCAUCUAUGUCACCUUUGCAGAAGCCAUUAGGACAGUCAUUCUUUCCUCCCAGAUCACCUGCCUCGCAACAGAUUCAUUCACCUCCAAAUAUGACAACUAAUUUUCCUGGGCAACCACCUACAUCACCAAUGACUCAACCAAUGGUUGGACAUGGUCCCAGGCGGUCAUCAACAUCACCUGUAUCUUCUAUGGUACCUCAAGGGGUAUAUAGUAUGCCACCACAGCGUCCUCAGUACCCUGCAACAUCCACUACCAUGUCACAGAAUCAAAGCUCGUGCAUGUUUGCACAACGAUUAGAAAAAAUGUCAGCUCAGCACCAAUACCAGGGACAGAUGUCGUCAGGAGGAAUUACUGGACCUUCUGGUCCAGUUGUUAGUCCAAGUAGAAGAACAUCAUUUCCUAAUCAACAGAGUCAUCUUCCAGGAAUGCAUCCAAUGAAAAGUAAUAGUGGUCCAGUCUCUCCAAUUCAGAGGUCACCACCACAAAUUGGCAAGUCAUCUCCUCCUUUUAAACCCAUGAGAUCACCACCUCCAUACCAAGCUCACAAGUCACCACCACAAUUUCAAAAAACAUCAACCACCAUGCCAGCACCCUAUCCUCCAACUAGUGAUGUCAGAAAGACAGAAAGACAACCUCCACCAGCUACUCCUGAGAUUGGACAACCACCAGCGAAGAAAGCCAGGAAAUCUGUCAACAAGGAAAAGUCAAGCAUGCAGAAGCUGGAAGAAGUUGCAGAAAGUGUGUCUCCUCAUCUUGCAGAAGGUUUGUCUCAUGCUGUUGGUGAUCCUGUAAAUACAGACACCAAACAACCAGAAACGAACCACAAAGAUGGACCAGAACCCUCUAAGGAGGAAGAUGUCACUAACUUAGCUGAGAAGCCACUAACAGAAAAGAGCACAGAAGAAACUGCUAACUUGAAAGAUUCCGAUCCGAAAGAAGGCCGAACUGAAGAGAGAAAUAAAGAGAAGAAAAGUGAGGAGAACAAAAAUGAAGAGGGGGAAAAUGAAGUGGAGAAAAAUGAAGAGAAGAGUAAUGAAGAGAUGGGAAAGGAAGGGAUAAGAAAUGAAGAAAGGAAAAAUGAAGAUAGUAUAGAUAAGCAAAACCCUACUGAGGCAAAAGAUGAACAAAAAGAAAGUGAAGAUAUGUCUGAAAAUAAGAAAGAUGCUUUAACUGAAAAGGACAAAACUGAUAAAAGUCAAGCUAUAGAGAAAAGUAAAGACACUGAUGUUGAAAAAAAAGAUAAUUCCCAAAGUGAACCACAGAAUAACGAGUCACCUAGUGAAAAGAAGAAACCCGACACUGUUCAGCAACAUAAAGAAAGCAGUUCUCCCAUUAAAGAUGAAAAGAAAUCUCCACAGUUGUCUCAGACAACUCAAGAAACAAGCAAAGACAAUACUCAUUCAUCUGACAAAUCGGAUAAAGACCUUGAUGAGMCAGUCAAGGUAGUCAAGGCAACAGACACAACCAAGUCAGGAGGUACUCAAACUCCACGCAUUGUUGAGAAGCCUUCAUUAAAAGCAGACAAUAAUAAAAAUAUCACUGUAUCAGUAAAWGAUGUUCAGCCUAAAACGCUGCUUAGUAAAACCAUGCCAAAGUCACCUGGUACUAAAGUCAGUAUAUCGAGAUCUGGACAUCCACCCACUAUCCAAGCAACCGUGAUUGCUAAGGGUCAGUCAGCACAAUCAAACCAGCAGGUUUUAGUGGCCAAAACAGCAGCUGGACAAAUGUACCUUAUUCAAGGAAAUGUCUUGAUUCCAGUGCAGAAUAUUACUGUCCAGCAACCUAACGGAGAGAAGGGUAAUAAAGUUAUAUGUGUCAAUCAAGGUCAAGGCAAGUCUUCUCAUGUCAUGGUUGGCAAUAUCACUCCCAAUUUAACACAGAAAACCGAUAAGUCAAAGUCCAAUAAAACUCGCUAUGAUGAAGACAGUGAAGAUGAGUUAAGAGGUGAAGUAGAUGGUAAGAUGGAGAUAGAUCUUGCUUGUAGAGAAAAAUCACUUCUCUCUCCUACUGCUGAAAUGGCUGACAAUGAACAUGUCAAAUCUACGGUAUCAAGUCAGACUGAUAACAACUUUGUAAAGUCAAGAUUUGCAAGGUCAGAGGGAGAAAGCUCUCGUUUUCAUAGCAUGAAAUCAUCUCCAUCAGCAGCAAGUAAAGCGUCUAAUCUAGAAAAGAAUUUAAAUGCCAUUAAAGCCAAACUUGAACAAGAAAGGCAUAAUCAAACAGAGGCUGUUGAAGUAAAGAAGAGAAUUGGGCGACCACCAGGCAGCAAAGAUAAACAUAAAAGAAAGAGUUAUUUGUAUAAACGACCCCCGGAGGAACGGGGAAAACCGGUUGAUACCAGUAUUGUGUCAAGUAAUGAGAAAGGCGAUCAUGUAUCUGAAAAACACAAAAAGCCACAUGCAAUAAACGUUCCUACUGUUAGCAAAACAACUAGACAAACUAAAAGACCUAAAAUGAUUCCCCCACCCCUCUCUCCGACAAGAACUCUUUUAGUGCAACCCAGGGGAGGGUUAGACGGGGACAAAUGGGUGUGUUCUUUUUGUGGUAAACCGUCCAAUCACAGCUCUCUUGGUGUUCUUUAUGGACCUUAUAAAGCAAAACUGUCUCGUGAACGAUCUGAUAGUAGCAGGGAGUGCAGAUCACCUGAUAAGUUACUCUCUCCAGGCAGUAGAAUACCAGAGCUACCCACAGAACUAGAAGGAAAUACUAUAGAAUUAUGGAUACAUAAAGACUGCGGCAGCUGGUCACAAGGGGUAUAUAUGCUUGGAAGAUCAUUGUAUGGCUUAGAACAAGCUGUAGAGAGUGCUGCGUCACAUAAAUGCUCAAAGUGUAUGGAACUUGGUGCAACACUGCAGUGCUUCAAGAGAGGCUGUAAUUCAAUUUUCCAUUUUGCUUGUGCACGUGACUCAGGUUGUGCUUUUGUGGAAGAAAAUUUUACGAUAUUUUGUUCAGUGCACAAGUAAAAGCUGUUUAUAAAUGAUGUUCAUCUGCUGUAAAUAUUCCCACAAUGGUUGUCGUGGUUAUGUGUUGUGUAUUUGACAAAAAACGUUUGCUUGAAUGUUUUCCGAUUUUCUGACAACAUUUAUUGGAUGUGUACAAUAGAACCUCUACAUAACGACACACAGUUUAGAUGAAUGAUGUCACACAGUUUAGAUGAAUGAUGUCACACAGUUUAGAUGAAUGAUGUCACACAGUUUAGAUGAAUGAUGUCACACAGUUUAGAUGGAUGAUGUCACACAGUUUAGAUGGAUGAUGUCACACAGUUUAGAUGAAAGCCUACUGGCAUUUAAGUAGGAGCUGCAAGGAUUUGCUCGUACCAGUCUCCCCUCGACCCACUCAAAACAUCCUGGGUUUGCAAAGCCAUUUCAGUGAAUUUCGUAUGGUGACCUUUCAGCUUGGUGAUUGGUUAGAAUUGCUGUCAGUGAACAUCGUGAAAUUAUUAUAAUGACUUCAGAUUGAGCGAUCACGUGAAGGUCUACAAUAUGACGCAAGCAAUCACGUGAAGGUCUACAAUAUGACGCAAGCAAGAAAACAGAGAAUGACAUAAACAUAAAAAAAAAAA